UGAAUUUGCAAAGUCAUAGACAAUUAAACAUAGGCAAAAGCACCCACAAAACACACAAGACGAUUAUCUCCAUGUCUCACUCCCUUGUAAUCUCCGCCCCUAUUACCUACAUUAAUUUCUGAUUCAUAUUCAUAUAAAUAAACAACCUCAUUUUGUGUUCCAUUUUCCUUUCAUAACCACAUUCUUAAAACUGGUUUUUUUCUUUGGUUGCAAAAAAAAUAAAAAAUGUCUUUCACUGCAACCAAAUUCUCACACUCUCUUCUUGCUGUUCCUAUCAAUUCUUCAACUCCAAGAUCCAAUGAUAAACCACUCUCUUUCUCUUCUGAUCUCUUCAAACACAACGCUUCUUCUUCCUCUUUUCUUGGAUCUACUCAGAAGCUUCUUCGUUUGAAUGCUCGCCGUUCACCACCACCUGUUGCUGCUGUUCUUCUUCAACAAACCUCCAAUUUGCUUAUUACUAAAGAGGAAGGGUUAGUGCUUUAUGAGGACAUGGUGUUAGGAAGGUCCUUUGAAGACAAAUGUGCUGAGAUGUAUUAUAGGGGUAAAAUGUUCGGUUUUGUCCACUUAUACAAUGGUCAAGAAGCUGUGUCAACUGGAUUCAUCAAGUAUUUGAGGAAAGAAGAUUGCAUAGUCAGCACAUACAGAGACCAUGUUCACGCGUUGAGUAAAGGGGUCCCUUCUCGAGAAGUGAUGAGUGAACUCUUCGGUAAGGCGACAGGAUGUUGCCGAGGUCAGGGUGGUUCAAUGCAUAUGUUCUCAAAAGAACACAACGUGCUCGGUGGUUUUGCAUUCAUUGGUGAGGGAAUUCCAGUGGCCACUGGUGCUGCAUUUUCCAUGAAAUACAAAAGAGAGGUGUUGAAUCAGGCUGAUUCUGAUAAUGUGACGUUGGCAUUUUUCGGAGAUGGAACUUGUAAUAAUGGACAGUUCUUUGAGUGUUUAAACAUGGCUGCUUUGUGGAAAUUACCAAUUGUUUUUGUGGUGGAAAACAAUUUGUGGGCCAUUGGCAUGUCACAUCUUAGAGCAACUUCAGAUCCUGAGAUAUGGAAAAAGGGUCCAGCAUUCGGAAUGCCAGGUGUUCAUGUCGAUGGGAUGGAUGUUUUGAAGGUCAGAGAAGUGGCGAAGGAGGCAAUUGACAGGGCUAGAAGAGGAGAAGGACCAUCUUUAGUGGAAUGUGAGACUUACAGAUUUAGAGGACAUUCAUUGGCUGAUCCUGAUGAGCUUCGUAACCCUGCUGAGAAGCAACACUAUGCUGGUAGGGAUCCCAUCACUGCGUUGAAGAAAUACCUUUUUGAGAACAAAUUAGCCACUGAACAAGAAUUGAAGGCAAUAGACAAGAAAAUUGACGAGGUCCUAGAGGAAGCUGUUGAUUUCGCAGAAAAGAGCCCUGCACCAGCUCGCAGCCAGCUUCUAGAGAAUGUCUUCGCCGAUCCCAAAGGUUUUGGAAUUGGACCAGAUGGAAGGUAUAGAUGUGAGGAUCCAAAGUUUACUGAAGGCACUGCUCAUGUCUAAUCUUUUCUUGCGCGCUUUAUUUUUGUAUCAAUGUUUUUAUUUAUAUCGUUACUAAUCAUAAAAUGUUACUCAUAGAAUGCAUCAUCUAUCUUGUUUAGGUUGGAAGUUUGGUUUUUUCUGUCUAAUAUUUAUUAUUGUUUGUGAACUUAGUGUUAAUGACAAUCUUCAAAGUUUAAGUGGAGCUUCUACGAACACUGAAAUAAAAUUUUGUUUUUA